AUGGCAAACAAUACUCUUGAAACCACCAUUGCCUUACAUUCUUUGAGAGCUCCUUUGGAUCCUUGUCCCAUAACAAAUGAGGAAAAGUUUUUGAAUGACAUGAGGGGUUCUGUCAAGCUUCCAAAAAUGUUUGCCGAUGAUUUUGGUAAUGAGAUAUGUCGCAUUGCAACUUUAGUUGAUGCAAAAGAUAAUCACUUGGAAGUUUUAGUCGACAAGAUUGACGACGAUGUUUAUUUUACUCGUGGUUGGGCUUCUGUGAGGAGUUUUUAUGAGAUACGUACCGGAGCUUGGAUCGUGCUUAUUUAUUCGGGAUUUGGGCAUUUCGGAAUUACUAUCCAUGAUAGACUUCAAUGCCCAAUCACGAUCCCAACAUUCGCACCUCCAAUGAGAUUGAUGAUUGAUAGGCUGCAUGUUCCUCCUUAUUUUGUUGAUGAUUUGUCGGACAAUCUCGAUGAUCUAUCAUACACCCAUGAUGAUCGUUUUUUCGACGCAUCGUUUGAGAAAACGUUGAAUUACUUUGAUGUUUCCAGUGGUUAUUUGCUUUUACCAUAUGAGGGGUUUGGAGAAUAUGCAUUUCAUCAGGCAAGCACUUCUAUCAAACUGGUUGAUGACUACGGAAACGCUUGGUCUUGCAGUUUAAUCAGCGUGACUUUUCCAUGCAAACAUUUCAAGAUUGGUGGUCAGUGGAGUAGACUGGUUGCUGCAAGGAGACUGACUGUUGGUUCUACUGUUACUUUUGGUGCUCAGCCAGAUGCUAACAAUGAGACUAUUUAUCUUAUUUUAGAUCCUUAG